AUGUCAAUUUCUGGAAAUGAUUUAUGGAUCAGCAGUGGAAUUUUGGGGUGGGCUGCUGCCCCCACACCCCCAAAAGGAAAUCAAGCCACACCAGCCACAGUUGGCCUUGCCGCAGUGGCACAGCAGUUCUCAGCUACCACAGCCUCAGGAUCGGGCUCCAGUCUGGAGGCACGUGCCCUGGAGGCUACUCCGACACUGCUCAGGGAGGGAACCAACCAGUUUCAAAGAGCGGACAUGGAGGGAGUUGAACUGCCAGCUGUACUAAGGGCAACCACACCACCACCGUUCACUGUGGAGGGUCCGGUUACCCCAAAGAAAGGCAAAAAACGCAUGGCAAAAGAAGAUUGCUGGAAGCCAUCGAAAGAGGAGGUCGAAAAGUACAUCCUGGACUUAAACCUCUGCGCUCUCUGUUGGAGAGAAGGCCAUAAUGGGGAGACCUGCCCAUUUUUUGGAGGCCAAUUCGACAUGGGGAGGGUAAUGAGCCACCCAAAGUUCCAGCCGUACCUACGUCGAUGGCAACAGAAUCGGAAGAAAAGGGGAAGCAAUUGGAUACUGGAGGAUCAAGCAACAGAGGCUAUUGUUGCAAUACCCCCCUUCUGUACUGCAUGCAAGGCUCCAGGACAUAUGAGUGACGAUGUGGAGUGUCCAGGUAAAUGA